GCCAACUUGCCAAAUUCAAUAUUAUCAGUCACCAGUGAUAAUAAAAUAUGCAAUGAUAAAAACAUUUCAGGAAGUAAACUUUGAACCUAUUAGAUAAGAAAUGUAUUCUGUAAGUAGACGGUUUUAAGAUCCCGUUAUGUCUUUGUCCCCUCAAGUAUUAUUGUCUAGCCUAGCUCGCGAACGAUGUGUCGCGAAUGUGAAGGAACUGCCAGGAUUUUUCUUCACUAAAGAAAAACCUAAAGACAAUGCCUCGGUUUUGGUGCCAUUAUGUGUGCAGAACGGUGAAGUAUACCUAUUAUAUACACUUCGUUCUUCAAACUUGAAAAAUCAUAGUGGACAAGUGUCAUUUCCUGGUGGAAAAAAGGAGGAAGGUGAAAGUGUAGUGGAAACGGCAUUACGAGAAACGGAAGAGGAAAUUGGCGUCCCUGCUAGCAAUAUAGACGUAUGGUGCGAAAUGCCACAAGUGCAGGGACGAAAUAAAGACAUGUUGAUCACACCCGUUGUUGGCGAAAUAAUUAACUUCGAUCCAACGGCGUUGCGGCGUAACUUUAAUGAAGUGGAAGAAAUAUUCACUGUGCCGAUAAAAGAGCUAUGUGAUAAAAGAAAUCAUGCGCAUCUCCGAUAUGAAAAACAUCCAAUACCAUUGUUCAUGUAUGAGAAACAUAAAGUGUGGGGUAUUACUGGACUAAUAACACAUUUAUUUUUGCAAUGUUUUUUACCCUCUGAAGUUUAUAAAGGUGACUUUUUAAGGAGAAAAUUUGAGUUGGAUGAAUUAAUGCCGUCAAAACUCUAACCCAAUGUUUAUCUAUAUUUAAAUAAAUAUAUAUUGUAUAUCUGGUUGUAUAUUGUAAACUAUUAUAUUUUGAAUUCAGAUACAUCUGAUAUAUUUUAUAUAAGCACAAGUGUAGUUAAAAAGUUGAAUGCUUUGUAUUAAAAUCUCACAUAUAUAAUUUUAUUGUAACAAAGUAUAAUGUACUGGA